AAACGUUAACAUUUCUAUUCUGUAUAUUAACGCGAGAAAGAAUAAUCGUUGAACGAGUAAACUAGAAAAAGUAGAGAGUAAACAGAUAACUGUGCGAGACGUUUAAUAUCGUCUCUGUAAUAACAAACUUUUUGUCUUAUCUUUUUUCAUUUUUAAUAAUAACGUUAUUCUUCUAAUUGAACUGUUUAUUUAUUGAAGAAAAUUGUUAUAUUGUAGAUUUGUCUUUGCCAGACAGUUUAUAGGAGAAAUGAAAAAUAGUAAUAAUAUUAAUAAUUGGAAAUAAAAAGAAAAAAAAAAAGGGGAAGAAAAGUCGGAGUUAGUUUUGCAAAGAGUUCAUCAUUAACGAGAUAUCGGAAGUUAAAAGAAAGAAAGAGAGAGAAAUAUACCCGUUAUGGACAGUCAUUAGUAAGAUAGUUGUGUGUGUGUGCGAGUGAAGUGACGACCACCUAAUCCAAUCCCAAUCCUCUUCCGUUUCUUUUUUUUCCUUUUUCUUAUUUCUUUCUUGCGGUUUAUCUGAAUUUUUCAAUACCGCGUGCUCCUUCAGCGGGAUAAACAUUCAAAAUGGCGUCUUCAGAAUUGGGAAGAGAAAACGAUGAGUAUGGACUUGGAUAUCAGAAUACUUUGAUGUAUGGUCGCUAUACGAAGGACCUUGGGGAAUACGCGAAGGAAGAAGCAAGAAGACUCAAGUAUCAUGAAAAGGCAAGAAAGAAGUAUGACAAGACGAGAGCCGAGGAUCUUAGAAAAUCUAGAAGAGGCCCAUUGUGUAGAAAACUCUUGGCAUUGGUUGCUUUUGCUUGGAAACACACCGGAGCUAGAUUGGGCGAAGAUUGGGUAUUUCUGGCACUUUUGGGUAUUAUUAUGGCUCUCAUCAGUUAUGCCAUGGAUCGUGGGAUCUCAAUGUGCAACAACGCUAGAAUAUGGCUAUAUCAAGAUCUGACGUCUCAUCCAGCGCUCCAGUAUCUCGCGUGGGUCUCCUUGCCCGUUUGCCUGAUUUUAUUCAGUGCUGGUUUUGUACAUAUAGUGGCACCGCAGAGCAUAGGCUCUGGUAUACCAGAAAUGAAAACUAUUUUAAGAGGUGUAGCUUUGAAAGAGUAUUUAACUUUCCGGACCCUUAUUGCUAAGGUGAUCGGAUUAACAGCCACUUUGGGAUCAGGCUUGCCUCUGGGAAAGGAAGGUCCAUUCGUUCACAUUGCCAGCAUCGUUGCGACUCUUUUAUCUAAAUUAGUCACCAGUUUUCAAGGCAUUUAUGAAAACGAGAGUAGAAACUGCGAGAUGUUAGCUGCCGCUUGUGCGGUUGGCGUAGCAUCGUGUUUUGCGGCACCCAUCGGAGGUGUUCUCUUCAGCAUCGAGGUCACCACAGUAUACUUCGCGGUACGAAAUUAUUGGCGUGGUUUCUUCGCUGCGGUCUGUGGUGCCACGAUGUUUCGACUCCUGGCAAUAUGGUUUCAAAGGGAAGAAACCAUUACGGCUAUGUUUGUAACCAAUUUCACUAUGGACUUUCCGUUCGAUCCUUACGAACUUUUUGUCUUUGCUCUUAUCGGCGUUGGAAGCGGUCUAAGUGGUGCCUUUUACGUCUGGUUGCAUCGACAAUACGUUAUCUUUAUGAGAAAGAAUAAAAGUAUGAACAGUUUCCUCCAGAAAAAUCGGUUUUUAUAUCCUGGUAUCGUAUCUCUUCUGGUAUCAUCGGUCUCGUUCCCAUUGGGAUUGGGUCAGUUUAUGGCCGGUGAUUUGAACACCCACGAUCAGGUAUAUGGACUUUUUACGAAUUUUACUUGGACCAAAGAUAACUUGGGGGUCGAAGAAAUGAAUAUAGUGAAACAUUGGUCGACUCCGUACACCGACGUCUUCACCGGUCUCCUCAGCUACGUUCUAUUCACUUUCAUCUUUUCCAUCAUAAGCUCGACAGUCCCCGUACCGUCUGGCAUUUUCAUCCCAGUUUUCAAAAUUGGCGCAGCCCUUGGUAGAACCGUUGGCGAAGCUAUGGCAUUUUGGUUUCCGACUGGUGUUCGAUAUAAUGGAAUUAUCACUCCCAUUAUACCAGGUGGUUACGCUACUGUUGGAGCAGCUGCCUUUUCCGGUGCCGUAACGCAUACCAUUUCCGUGAGCGUUAUCAUUUUCGAAAUGACAGGACAAAUCACUCACAUUGUACCAAUAAUGAUAGCAGUCUUGAUCAGUAACGCGAUUGCUGCACUUUUACAACCAAGCAUAUACGACAGUAUAAUACUUAUCAAAAAGUUACCUUACCUGCCGGAUCUUCUACCGUCGAGUUCAGGUAUGUACAACGUUUACGUCGAAGAUUUUAUGGUACGCGAUGUGAAAUACAUUUGGCACGGCAUCACUUAUCAAAGACUCAAAGAGAUACUUAAGGAGAAUCGCAAACUUCGUGGCUUUCCGCUUGUAGAUAAUCCAGAAUCUAUGAUAUUAUUGGGUUCCAUUCAAAGGCUAGAAUUGAUCAAAUUAAUAGAAAAACAUAUUGGUCGUGAAAGGAGAUUACAGGUCGCUCAAAAAUGGCACAAAGAAGCAGAGGAAAGAGCGAAAGAAGAGAUGGAACGUCAAUUGAGAGAGCAAGAAAGAACAAGGAGACCUUCCAGAUUUGAGGUCAUCCCAGCACCUGACAUUCUUAAAAUGCAAAGACAAAGUGUUAAUGAUUUAACGAUGUCGGCAAAUAACGGUGGUGGGCCGGAUCAUCAUACGUACCAUUCACCGGUCUUCGGAACACAACCAAAGAAAUCUAUUUUAAAGAAAACCAAUUCCUUUACUUUAAAAGGAUUUAGUCCGCUAGUCAGCCCUGCUGUUACACCUUACACAACGGUUACUGGAGCAGAAAGCAGAAUACGCCUGGCCUUUGAAGCAAUUUUCCGAAAAUCAGCAACUUUGCAAGAUGUUGAUCCGGAUCCAGAAAUAGGUACUGCUACGGUACGUGAAAGUCAGGAUGGUAUGGACGCUCAGGUACAUCAACCUAUGCUUUCUUCUAGUCCGGCUACGUCGAAAAAAGUACAAUUGCCAAGGGAAAGAGUAAUCGAUAUGUCAGCCGAGGACCAAAAAAGAUGGGAAGAAAGCGAGAUGGCUCUCGAAGUUGAUUUUUCCAGGUGUCACAUCGAUCCGGCACCGUUCCAACUUGUAGAAAGAACGUCAUUGUUAAAAGUUCACAGUCUUUUUAGCAUGGUCGGUGUAAACCAUGCUUACGUUACGGCCAUUGGAAGGUUGGUCGGAGUAGUUGCAUUAAAAGAGUUGAGGAAAGCUAUCGAGGACGCUAACGCAGGAAUUUUGCCGAUGCAUGCGGAAUCCCAUGUCGAUGCUUCGAAUUCCAGUCUGAUAAAAAGCGAAACGGAAGGGGAAAAUAAGAACGUCAGUUCGAUCGAGAAUGAGAAAAUUGAAAAAGUUUAAGAUAGAAUAGAUUGAGGGAGAGAGAGAGAGAAAGAGAGAUGCGAAAAAAUAUAAUGACAAGUAAGAAAAGAAAGAAAGGAAGAAAAAGAAAUAGCAAGCAACAAAUGUGAUAGUCACGUUGCAUGCUGUGAGUAGCGUGACCUGAAAGAUGCAACUGCGAGAUGCGCCUCUUUUUACCUAUUCCCUACAUUUUUUUUCCUAUCUUAUAACUUCCUAAUGGUAUAUCUAUAAGCAACAAGUUCUUUAUCGCAUAAUGGCAGUAACUUGCAUAUAUUCCUCUCGUACUUAAGUUUGAGGUGUACAAAAUAGUUACUGAUAUGUGUAUAUAUACCAUAUAUAAAUAUGUAUGUAUAUGUAUAGAAAGAGAGAGAGAGAGAGAGAGAGAGAAAAUUCUUUAAUUAAUUUUUUAAUUUGAACAUCAAUUUUUUUAAUCAUAUUAUUUUUUUAAUUGGAACUAAUAUUCUCUACUUUGCAAUAAUGUAGACGAAACAAUAAUGUAAUUUUUGGUUUGUAUCACUUGAUAUCUCUUAUUCGUGCAUAGAUGCCAUUGUACGGAGAAUUUUAUCCAAGGAAAUAUAUAUAUACGUAUAUACAUAUAAACAAAUAAAUAUACAUAGUUAUACGAAGAACUUUAAUUAUGGUAAAUUUAUGCAAAUGAGUUUGCUUGAAAGAUCACGGUAAACAUAUGUUUGAUCAUCUAUCGAUAUAAAUCAAUAUAGUAUACUAUAAAUAUACGUAAACAUAUACGUUAUAUAUACACAUGCAUUAAAAGUGCGUAAGCAUGAGUGAGAAUCAAAAUGAUUCGCAAUUCAAAUAAGGAAAUCAAUUACGCGUGUAUAUUCAAAAACGAAGAAAAAGGAAAGAGUUGUGAAUAUCAAUCCUAAAUAAUUCAUCGUUGUAUAAAGUGAAAUAAGUAUCGAUGAUCCUAAAUAAGGCUUCAUGCUCAAUAUUGUAUCGUGAAUCACGAUUUCCUUAUUAUUAUAAGUAGGAUAAUUUAUAUAAUAAUAAUAAUAAUGUAUUUUUUUAUUUAAUAUAAAAAUGGACAAAAUGAUUCAAAUUGCCAAAAGCAAAAGAUUAUAUCCUAAUGUCUGAAGAAAGGAAGGAAGGAAAAAGGAAGUAAAGAAAUAAAGGAAAACAAAAGCACAAAAAUCCAAGCGUAAUUUAGUUAAUAAGAUAGUAAUUAUUUGAGUAGAACAACAAAGAUAUAGCACUCAUGGAAAAACUCCCUUAGCUCGUAACUAUCUGACUAUGGUUGUGCCAGGUUAUUAUUUAUUGUAAUUGUUAGAUUUAUUAAUUGAGAUAUAAGAGAAAUACGCUCGCAUUGCACGUGCUGACAUUAAGGAAAGAACACACGAAGGUAUCUUAUCGCAACGAUCAUGACAUUAAUUCCGUUCAUAAAAAAAAACUUUACUAAUAAAUAUUUUUUUCUUCUAUUAAAAAUACACCGGCAAUUGUAAAUAUUUAUAUGCAUUUAAUUUAAUAAUGUUUGCUUUUUCUUUUCGUUUUAAUUCUCUAAAUAUAAAAUAAACGCAUGCGAUCGUAAUAAAUAAAAACGUAUUUAGAUAAAAACGAAUCUGUUUUAUCUUUUGACAAAUAAUGUCAUGAACGCGUAAGAGAUUAAGCUACCUUGAAUAUUUUCUUCUAUAUAUAACUCAACGUUGUAAAUUAACAGAAAAUUGAAACAAGACGCGUACAAUAAUGUCAUGAAAUUUUCUAAUCAGAAUGGGUACUCUAUCUAUAUAUCAUGUAUGUACAACAGCCCAUAGAUUUUAGAGUAUUGUACAUUCCAUCCGAUUAUAUUUCCAUGAUGCAUUCUAUCCUCGUGAAAACAAUUAAUUAACAAACUUGAUCAAAUUAAUAUAAUAAUAGCACUUUAUAAAUGCAUACGCGUUAUACUACGUUAUUGUGAAUAAUACUAAACAAUUUAUCGCCUUUAAGUUUUCACAAAUUGAUCUUUGUAAGAUUCUUGAUAAAAAAAAAACAUUUCUUGUAUAAUAUGACUUGAAAAAUUAAUUGUAUAAACAAUAAAGGUUCUAAUGAUGAAUCUAGGAACACACACACA